AUGGCCUCCCUUCUCAUUAUCGUCUUCCUCAGUCACGUUGUGACAUACUUGAUUAAUACAAUUGGCGCCACUACAGUCGACAAUCUGUUAUGGCUUCUAUAUCUCAAACUUCCCAAUAACACCUCCAGAACCGCCGUGGAGCAAAGACGACUGAAGGGGGAGGUCGUACAACUGAAGCGUGAAAUGAAGUCCACGAGCUCCCAAGAUGAAUUUGCCAAAUGGGCAAAGCUGCGAAGGCGGCAUGACAAGGCCAUGGAGGAGUAUGAGGCUAAAAAUAAAGCGCUUGGAAAGCACAAAGGUUCGUUCGAUUUAACGGUGAAAUCGGUGAGAUUUUUCAGCACUACCGGUUUGAAAUUCUUCCUUCAGUUCUGGUACUCGAAAACACCCAUGUUUGAACUUCCUCGCGGAUGGGUCCCAUGGCAAGUGGAAUGGGUCUUGUCGUUUCCACGAGCGCCGCUGGGCACCGUCAGUAUCCAGGUUUGGAGCGGGGUUUGCACGACGGUUGUCAGCCUUGCGGGUGACGCUCUCGGUGUUGUGAUCCAAUCUUUAAUUCUCAAAAUGACCAAGCGGGGAGUUGCGAGGACCUCUGAAGGGCGACCAAGCCAACCGAUGGCAUUGAAAAAGGAAUUAUGA